GCUUUGCCAUUUGCCCUUCAUAGACAGAAAAAGAGAAAGUGAUUUAAUGAGUUAAUAAAACAGGUUUACCUUGUUUGAAGUUGUAAAAACUCUCUCUAAAAUCCUUUAAAGUGUUUUUCAUAUGUCCUAAACAACUCUAUCGUAUAAGUUUAGGCUCCAAUUCAUCAUGUAUAAAUUACUUGUUUUAUUUUCGAUGCUUGGCUUAAUGCUGGCUGAAAAACCUAAGAAAACUGAUUGUGAAGAGCACCGUGAGAGAGAACAGAAAAGCAAUGCACCUUUACCUAUGCGGUUGAUCCCAGAAUGCGACAGCAAAGGUGAUUACAAGCCUCUACAGUGUUUUCAAAACAGCAAGUUUUGCUCUUGUUGGGAUAAAACAGGAAAUCCACUCACUCAACCAUCUGGUAAAAUAAAGGCAUGCGACUGUUUAGUAAAGCAAAAGGAAGCCAAACCAGGAUUACUCGGUGCUUUCAAAGCUCAAUGUGAAGAAGAUGGAAAAUUUAAGAAAGAACAGUGUCAUGGUUCAACAGGACAUUGUUGGUGUGUUGAUCCCCUUACAGGUGAAAAGAAAACAGAGCCUAAAAGAGGAAAAGCAAACUGCUGAUAAAAAAAGAAAGAAAAAAAACUGUUUGCCUUGGCCAUUGUUGUGUUAUUCUAUAUUUAUUAAAACAUAAUCAGUACGCAGUGUUGAACUUUUAAAUUUAAAAUUCCUUGGUUUGUUAUAUCUCAGACAAAAUGUGUCUUCUCAUUAAAGUAAUUUAAUAAAAUUA